AUGGGAGCGCAUCAGUCAAGGAGCAGACAUCAUAUUCGAAAAGAAAAACGACUGCCAGUUAACUCGGUGUCUACGGACUCGUAUGCAAGUAGAGAUGCCAACAUCAACCCAAUGUAUAAAGUCAUAGACGGUAGACGGUAUUUAGUGAGCCACAAUGUAAUCUAUCGUCUUCCUAUCGACGAUACUGAAGUGGACAGAUUGCAUCUUCAACAUUAUACCUAUCGAUACUAUUAUGGAAGUAAUUACUCGGCACCGGUCGAGGAACUGCUAAAAAAUGGACGAGCGAGAGUAUUAGAUGUGGGUUGCGGCGCGGCAACAUGGUUACUGGAAAUGGCAACAGAAUACCCGACAAGCUUUUUCACCGGUAUCGACAUCUCACCAAUGUUUCCUACUGAAAUCAAACCAAAGAACGUUCAUUUCAUACAACGCAAUGUGAUCGACGGACUUCCCUUUCCCGAUGAAACGUUCGACUUUGUGUUUAUGAGAAUGAUGUAUCUGUCCUUUACGGCAGACCAAUGGGAAAAUGUUAUAGUGAGAGAGCUUUCGAGAGUGCUAAAACCGGGUGGAUGGCUCGAGUUGAUGGAAUGUGAUCAGACGCUAACUGAUAUGGGACCACUGACGGCGGAUUAUGCAGACAAAGCCAGCGGGAUAUUAGAAGACUGGGGUAUUCCUAUGAAUUUGACAGAAAUGAUACCAGAUUAUAUGGAUUCGGUUGGUUGCUUUGAGGAGCUGGCAUCUGAAACUCGACAGAUACCAAUUGGGACCUGGGAAGGAAAUUUAUCGCAAAUGUAUCUUGAUAAUGUGGCUGCGGCUUAUCAAACAUUGCGCACAGCUGUUGGUAGUAAAUACAAUAUUAGUGCAGAAAAAUGGGACGAGAUAACGCAAGAAGUCAAGCGCGAGAUAAACGAGAGACGUUGCUCGGUUCAAUCGACGAGAUUUUAUGCACAGAAGAAAGAUACCGGGAAACUAAUGUCACUAGAAUGA